AUGUCCGAAUACUGGAAAUCCACGCCCAAGUACUGGUGCAAACACUGCCAGAUUUACGUACGCGAUACAAAACUCGAGAAGCAGAACCACGAAUCGACUGCCAAACAUCAAGGUGCCCUCAAGCGCUUCCUGCGCGACCUGCACCGUGGCCACGAGCGAGAUGAGCGCGACAAGGAGCGCGCCAAACAAGAAAUCGCACGUCUCAAUGGCGUCGUCUCAGGGUCGUCGUCGGAGGCAGGGCCCUCGUCAAGACCUGCGCCCCGCGCGCCGCCUAGCGCACCGACGGAGGCGUCGUUGAAGAAACAGAGAGAGCAGCUUGCGGAAAUGGGCGUCGCAAUGCCGAGCGAGUUUCGGCCCGAAAUGGCUAUGCCCGGACAGUGGACAGUCACAAAUACACGGAUUAUCGAGGCGAAGAAGGAAGAAGACGAAGAUGCGAAGGUGGAAUCGCGCGCAAACGGUGUUCGAAAGCGCGAGGUGACAGAGGAUGAGAAGGAGGAAGAGGAUGCUAUGCGCAGCCUGUUUAAGAAGCCUAAACGAUGGGGAAGAGAUUCUAAAGCGAUGCCACAACAAGCAGACGAGGAAUUAGAUGCGCUGUUGAGUGGUUCGACAUUUGCGCCUAGAACAGUCAAGGAGGAAGCGGAGGACGUGACGAAGGAGGAAGACGAUGCGACACCAGACGCGACAGUCAAGACGGAAGACACAGAAGCUGUCAAGACAGAGGCACCAAAUACUGAACCUCUGAUAAAACCAGAACCAGAGGAGGCCGAGUCGGGAGUACAGACGGUGGUGUUCAAGAAGAGAAAACCCAAGGGCAUUCGACAAAAGUGA